AGUCCUUAGUUCUCAUAAACUGUGAUUGAUGAAAAUAUUGUAUUUAAAAUUUAGAAAUUGGAUCAUCGAGCAGACCGCACUCUUUGUUAUCGUGUUCGAAAAAUUGCCAAAUUCAAAGUUGUCUUAUAACGUCGGUUUUUUAAAUAAUUGUUUGAACAAUGGAUUUACGACUGACGCUUUUCAUUUGCAUCAUCGGAAUCAUGUUCGUGUCAGUAUAUCCACGAUCCGAAAUAUCGAUCAAUGAGAGGUCGAGGCGCGACGUCAUGGAGACCAUGAAAGGCGCUUGGAACGAGGUAGUGAGGACUCUUUCCGAUGCAGGUCUCGGGAAGUGGUUGUCGUUUGUCUAUAACGAGACUAAAGGAGAGGACCCUGAACUAGUGAAAGAGCAAUCAAGAUCGUUCAUUUGCAACAUAUUUGGAAAGUCACAUUACAAAUGUGCUUCGCCGCCACCGCCACCUUACCAGAUAGUUAAUUAA